AUGCCUGAUGGAAAUUAUCCUAAUCCAGAAAAUUGUUCUUUAUUCAUUACUUGCAAUGUUGGUUUUCUAUAUUUGCGUCAUUGUCCUUAUGGAUUGCAUUAUAGUAAUGAAGCUGAUGCUUGUGUGUUUCAGGAAGAGUCUAAUUGUUUUACUUGUCCAAAGAAAAAUCAUAAAAAUAACCCUAAUGGACUUUAUGCUAAUCCAGAAGAUUGUUGUUCAUUCAUUCAGUGCGCUCACGGUCAUCCAUAUGUGAUGGCUUGCCCUGAUGGUUUGCAAUGGAGUACGAAAAAAUUAAGAUGUGAGUGGCCAAAAAAUUCUGAUUGUGGGGUCGACAACGAUGGAAAGUUGAA